CGGCUAUAGCCGGUGCGGAACACAAUGCUCUGGACUGUUGAUCGGUACAAUGCAUUUGUCACCAUCUACAUACAAUGAGGCUACCUGCGCAUGCUGGCUGCAAAGUCGGCGUGACUACUUUCUCUCAGGUUGCUAAAACACCCAGAAAAUGGUUGGCGCCGAUGCUGCCGAAUGGUGAUCCAGCACUUCAACUUGAAGAGAUCUGUUAUAAUGUUUUCUAUCCUUGCCGUGAGCCACAGCCCACCUCACAAAGGCGCCUUCCAUGGCUGGUGAGGCCCCUGCAGGAUUUCCUGCACGGUUUCACCAAGUUUACUGGCGUUUCAAAAUGGUUUAUCUGGCCUUUUGUCUAUCUGUAUGGCCGUUUCCUACCGUACUGCCCUGAUGCCCCGCUCCUUGAUCCAGUGGUUCACGCGUAUGGAGCGAGGAAGACAAUCGAAGGGACGUCGAAAUGGCCUUUAGUAAUCUUCAGCCACGGACUCUUUGGCUCUCGGACUACCUACUCUCAGUUUUGCGGCAGGCUUGCUUCUGAGGGCAAGAAUUGCAUUGAUUCUUCUUGAGACAGUCCCUAAUUGCAUGCCUGAACCCCAGGGUACGUCGUGCUCGCAAUUGAGCAUCGAGAUGGCACAGGGCCAUCGGUACAGAUCCGGUCAGCAGACCAGAAGA